AUGGUAUCCUCUACUACUUCCUAUGGGCUACCAGCUCUUGUAGCAGCUCUGCUAUCACUCUCCGCCACCGCCAUCGCAGCAAUCAACCCCAAGGGUCAAACCGUCGAGCUCAAUGGAAGCAACUACUACAUUCCUCCUAAAGUAGUUGCAACCCUCAAAGCCGAUCAGCACAUCUUCAACAAACUCGAUGGCUUGCAACCCCUGACAGUCAUCCACAGCGAUGCUGUGAAGCUGACAGCUUCGAUCCUUGAUACCAUAGCAAGCAACUAUGAAGCUGCUGACGAUGUCUUCAACGCUGGCUUCCUUGACAACGUUUACGUCCAGUAUAACGGUACUUCUAAGAAACCCUCCCAGAAUGUGUCAACCCAUUCCGCAUGGGGCCCAAAGAUGUUGGGAUAUGCACCUGCAUAUGGUACCAAGAAAUCAAAGACAGUGACCACGUCAGCGCCCCUGCCUGCCGGUCCAUAUUUCUUGGAUCCGUCCACUGGAUCCGUCUUUGAAGCCUAUCUGUUGUACUCCGAUGUGAUGGGCUCUUUCACUCAGGGAUUGAUCUCUGCUGGUGAAUCCAAGUACGAUGUUAUGCCCGCAAACUUGCAGGGCUAUGCCUCGUUGACUAUUGGUGUUCCUUCGCGUCUAUACUACACCAAGACAGCCAAGAAGCCUUUGGCUGGUGUUCGUCUCGGUGUGAAGGAUAUUUAUGAUAUCAAGGGUGUCAAGACCGGCUGUGGAAACCGCGCUUACUAUGAAACCUACCCAGAGGCUGAUGCUACCGGCCCUGCCAUCCAAUCCCUCAUUGAUGCGGGUGCCAUCAUUGUUGGAAAGAUGAAGACCAGUCAAUUUGCCAACGGUGAGACCGCAACUGCUGAUUGGGUCGAUUACCACUCUCCAUUCAACGCCCGCGGUGACGGUUACCAGGAUCCUAGCUCCUCAUCUUCCGGUCCUGGUUCUGGUAUUGGAGCUUAUGAGUGGUUGGAUUUGGCAGUUGGAAGUGACACCGGAGGCUCCAUUCGCAACCCUUCGCAGGUUAACGGAUGUUUCGGCAACCGACCCUCCUGGAACCUGGUCUCAUUGGAUAAGGUUAUGCCCAUGUCUCCGCUUUUGGACACUGCCGGAUUCCUGACAAGAGAUGUGCAAUUGUGGCGCACUGCUUCGGAGGUGCUGUACAAGGAAGCCGGCCUCAAGUCCUACACCAAGUACCCCAAGUCUAUCAAGACCAUCCAGUACCCAACUACUGCGUCGACCCCAUCUGAAGAGCUUUUGGUUGGCUUCGUCGACAAGCUAUCUUCCUUCUUGGGUGGUGCCAAGGUUUCUCCGUUGGAUUACAAUGCUCUCUGGGAAUCCACUAAGCCUUCAACUGUUGCCCCCAACACGACUCUCUCCAGCCUGCUGAGCCUCACUUACCCUAUCCUCAUCUCGAAACAGCAGUACCCCCUCAUCGCCGAGCCACUAUACGCUGACUAUGCCGCUGCCAAUGGAGGUCGUAAGCCUUUCAUCAACCCUGUUCCUCUGUCCCGCUGGGGUUGGGGACUUGGAUACCCUGACUCCCAACUGGACACUGAAAUCCAGAACAAGAACACAUUCACCAGCUGGUGGAACUCAACUGCCCAGGUCUUCGACGACGAGACUUGCGCUGACAGUUUGAUUCUUUAUGUUGGAUCUCAAGCCAACCCCACCUACCGCAAUGCUUACCGAAGCGUGCCUGGUGUCCCUGUCGGAUUCUCUACAUCCCGCAUUGCCAACUUCGCUGGUGUCCCCGAUAUGGUCGUUCCCAUCGGCGAGGCGCUCUACAACUCCACUGUCACCCUCCAGCAGGAAUACCUACCUGUCUCGGUCAACUUCUUGGCACCACACGGCUGUGAUCUGAUGGUCUUCAACCUUGUCAAUGAGUUGGUUGAGGCUGGUAUUGUGAAGGAGCCCAGCGCCGGAUCCAGCAUGUACGGAGAUGGUGUGACUUAUUAUUGA